CACAAACUGGGCGAAAGGUCACACUCCAAAAGACUCUCAACGAUAUCCCAUUUCCCUUUCCAUCACUUCACCGUUAGUCUUCCCCUUAAACCAUGGCUGCCACCGCCGCUGCCGCAGCUACAUCAUCCUUCAUGGGCACCCGCCUCCCUGACGUCUACACUAGCUCAGGGAGAGUCGUGGCCAGGUUCGGCUUAGGCCGCAAGAAAGCUGCCAGGAAAGUGUCGAAACCAACCUCCGAUCGCCCUUUAUGGUAUCCGGGAGCUGUGGCACCCGAGUGGCUAGACGGAAGCUUGGUUGGUGACUACGGGUUUGACCCUUUUGGCUUGGGGAAGCCUGCAGAGUACUUGCAAUAUGAACUGGAUUCUUUGGACCAGAACCUGGCAAAGAAUGUGGCGGGUGAGAUCAUUGGGACCAGGACAGAGGUUUCAGACGUGAAGGCGACACCGUUUCAGCCGUACAGCGAGGUGUUUGGUCUGCAGAGGUUCCGUGAGUGUGAGCUGAUUCAUGGGAGGUGGGCCAUGUUGGCUACUCUUGGUGCGCUUACUGUUGAAUGGCUCACUGGAGUUACCUGGCAAGACGCAGGCAAGGUAGAGCUGGUUGAGGGGUCAUCUUACCUAGGCCAACCCCUUCCGUUCAACAUUUCAACAUUGAUUUGGAUCGAAGUCUUGCUGAUCGGAUACAUUGAAUUCCAAAGGAACGCAGAGCUUGACCCUGAGAAGAGGCUGUACCCCGGAGGAAAGUUCUUUGACCCUCUUGGCUUGGCCUCUGACCCAGAGAAGAAAGCCACCCUUCAACUGGCUGAGAUCAAGCAUGCACGCCUUGCCAUGGUUGCUUUCCUGGGCUUUGCAGUCCAAGCUGCUGCAACAGGCAAAGGUCCUCUCAACAACUGGGCUACCCACUUGAGUGACCCUCUUCACACAACCAUCAUUGACACCUUCACCUCUUAAAAGGAUUCCUUUGCUUGAGUAGAAUUUUGCUAGAUGUACUAUUUGUAUGUGCCUUCUAUGCUGUAAAAAAUUUAUAACUUUCCCGACUGUUUCCAGCAGAGAAUGCUACUAGCUCAAAUUGUCUGGUUACAACAAAUCUUCUACUUCUAUGUUAAUCAAGACAUACACCAACCAA